GUGCAACUUUCGUACGAGUAAUAUCUUUAGAUGCACUUCGUAGCAGUAGGUACAAUAUCCGGCGCCACGCGGAGAGGCCGCGCCAGUCGACUCCGUAAAAUGAAUGACCCCCCCUUCCUUCCCGCGAGCAUCACGGCCGCCUCGCCAUGCCCUGCCUCCUCCUCCUCCACCUCCUCCUGGUCCGUCCACGGUGUUGUCGACCCGGGAUGAACCACGCCCACCCCGUCGAGACGCUCCAGUCGUGACCGCCUGCCUGCCUGCCUGGCUCUGGCCCAACGCCGGGCCGCCGGCCCCUCGCUCGAGAGUGAGUGAGUGAGAGACAACAGAGAGAGAGCAUGUCGCCUCAACGACAGGAGAGCUUCUCGCUCUUCCCGAACCCAAACUCCCAGCCCCGCGUCCGCCGGUCCGAGUCGCGCGAGCGGCCCCAGGACCGCGUCGCCACGCCGGAGCAGCGCUCCCGCUCCCGCUCGCACUCGCGCCCGCCGCGGCCCUCGCUGCAGAUUACGCCGCCGCAGAACGCGAGGAACGUGCCCGUCGAGGUGGACCCUCGCGGCGCGGACAACUGGCCACUGGAUGGCAGUCGAGACGUCGCCGUGGGUGUGCCACGGCAGCAGCAGCAGCAGCAGCAGCAACGACAACAACGACAGCAACAACGACAGCAUCAGCACCAGCAGCAUCAGCACCAGCAGCAUCAUCAUCAUCAUCAGCACCAGCAACCCGGAGCCGCAGACAGCUAUCAGGGCCCGCAACGGCCGGCGGCGAGGGCUGCCGCCGCCGUCCCCCCCGUGCAGCAGCCGAGGCAGCUCGCAGACGUCCCGGCCCGGACCGACACCAGCCUGUCCCAGGCCAACACGCUGGUCCGGAGCAGCAGCGUGCGGUCGAGGAGCUCCAUCGCCAAGCUGCCCCUGCGCGACGACUCGUCGGCGGCGCCGGCGCCGGCGCUGCGGUCCAUCUUCCCCACGUACAACCCCGAGGUGCCGCUCGGCCAGCAGCAGUAUGGCCCGACCCAGAUGAGCCCCUCGCGGAUCCCGCGCGCCGUCAUCAGCCGCCAGUCCUACUACGAGGAGCCGCAGCAGCCCGUCGACGAGUCCCCCGCGGACGCUCAACAUCAUCAUCACAGCCCGCGGGCACGCAGCCCUGCCUCCCGCGCCGCCGCCGCGCGGCCCGCGCCCGGCAGUGCGUGGCCGCCGCAGCGGCAGCAGCCGACGCUGGAGCCCCCCGUCGUGCCGGACGCCUGCACGACGGAGCAGCUGCGCAGUCUCUGGAAGGCGACCAACGGGUGGAAGGCGUCCCCGUCCGAGGGGCGCGUCUUCUGCCUCAAGCUGUCGCAGGCCAAGGACGCGCCCGUGUACACGCUGUCGUCGGCGUCGGCGCAGCCCUUUUACAGCCUCCGCCUGGACCCCACGUCGGCGUCGGCCUACGUCACGCUCUCGCGGCACGACCCGGCCAAGCCGCACAAGGACGGGUCGCCGGGCGGCGCCAAGAACUGGCACGAGGCGCUGACGACGACGCUGGAGGAGGAGUCGCGGAGGCACGCGCCCAACGACGGUCUCGUCGCGCUGCUCAUGCCCACGCCGGCCGCGCGCAUGGCCGUCGACAAGGCCGGCGACCGGGCGGCCGUCGAGAUGGCGGAGAACGAGUGCGCGCGGCUCGUCUGGGACGGGGACACGGCCACGCACUUCGUCGUCCACCAGGCCCUGGCCAAGCCGUUCUGCGUCGCCGUCGACCGCUCGCCGGCGUACUCGCGCGUCGAGUACACGCUCGAGCACACCGAGUCGCCGCGGCACCUGGCCAAGCUGACGCGCGACGGCACGGGAGGCGGGUGGAUCGAGCUCGACACGGGCGUCGCGUCGCAGAUCCAAUCGUUUUACGUCGUCGACGUGGCCGUCGCGGCGCUGCUGCUGGUCGCGUCGGCCGACGAGCGCAACUCGCCCGCGCCCAUCGAGACGUUUGAGCCGCCGCCCGCGCCGCCGCCGCCUGCCGUGCUCGCCACCGAGCGCGGCUCCAGCCGGCUCAGCAAGGCGGCGAGCAGCAAGAAGCGCAAGAUGCAGCAGUUUGAGAUGGACGUGGAGAGCCAGGAGAGCCUCAAGGGCGGGGGGACGAAGCUGCCGCUGGCCAUACGCGCCGUCGUGAAGCUCGGCAAGGGGUUGUUCAAGUGCGUCGUGUGGCUGCUGACCGUUGCCUUCAAGUGCGUGGCGGGCGUUUUCAAGCUGCUGUACAAAUGCGUGGGAUCGAAAUACUAAUGACAUGCCGGGAAAUGCUACCAAAGGAUCAAAAUAA